AUGGGUUUCUCCCAGCACGCAAUCUACGCCCUAGGCCUCGCGUGCAUCGCUAGAAGCAUAAUGGCCUUCACGAACCCGCAAGCAGAAUAUGCACUCAAUGGACUGAAGCAUACGGCCACUUCGAAGAAUGACCCAAGCGCGGCACCUAUUUACAUGCUGGGCACUUGGGAGGUGUCAGUUGGCAUUCUCUUGUUGGUACACCAGGUGAACGGAAACGGCGACGGAGUUACGACGCUCCUGGGGUUGAUGAGCUUGUAUAAGGCUGGGAUCGCGAUAUUACUUUGGAAGAUUGGAAGCAACAUGAGUAAGGUUGUCGGGAACGUGGCUACGGCCGUUUUACUCUUAACAUGGGCUGUUCUGAAGAGCUGA